UUUUUUUUUUUCUGUGACUAUUAUUGUCAUAAACAAAAAGAUGCUGAGUAAUUCAACAGAUUACGCCAUUUUUUUCUUUUUCUCUUUCUUUUCCACCGUAAACAAAUGUAUCCUCCACAAACCACUGAAAAGGCAUUGACAGAAACUAUCCGAGUGGCAAUCGAUUGGGCCCUGGCUCACGGGCUCGUUGUACGACCUAUGCUUUCCGAGAACCAAGUCGAAAAUACGAACGCGACUGUCACUCAUGCCCCUUUUGCCCUGUAUCCUACUCCUUUUCCCCGCUCCCAGUUUGAACACGCAACCCAAUUACAACAACCUUGGAACUCUCUCAUUCACCGCAUGAGCAGAGACGAUGACCUCAUUGCUGAAACCAUGGAAACCUUAUCAAAGUUGGAUGAAUUCAUGAAUGGAUUAUAUCAAAUCUAUCUCCAAGUCAACAAGGAAGGCGUAGCUCAGACCGCGAGUUUAGGUAUUCACCGUAACGAUUAUCUGCUUCAUGCUAAAUCCGGCGCAGAUGCAAAGACUGCUAAAAUUCAACAAGUCGAAUUCAAUACGAUUGCCGCCAGUUUUGGCAGUCUGAGUACGCGCACAACUCAACUUCAUCGUUUCCUUUUAGCUUCUGUAAAGGGAUAUGCAGGAGAUCAAAUCUCAAUGGAUCAACUACCUCAAAAUAAAGCCAUUCAGUCCAUUGCUCAUGGCUUGGCAACUGCAUGGAAACACUAUGGCAACCCCAAUGCUCGUGUGGUCAUGAUUGUUCAGCCUGGAGAACGUAACGCCUUUGACCAACGCUGGAUCGAAUAUACCCUUUUGGAAGAACAUGGCAUCUUGCUUUCGAGACUCUCACUUUCAGAUAUAAAUAGUCGUGCUACACUGAGUCCUGACAACAAGGGGCUGCUUAUUGAUGGAUACGAAGUUGCUGUAACCUAUUUCCGUGCAGGUUAUGGACCUGAAGAUUAUCCCACCCAAAAGGAGUGGGAUGCUCGAUUAUUGAUUGAACAGUCCUUUUCGAUCAAAUGUCCUACUGUAGCCUAUCAAUUAGUGGGCAGUAAGAAAGUACAGCAAGUGUUGGCUGUUCCGGGUCGAUUGGAGCGUUAUGUGGAUACGGAGACGGCUGACAAGAUGCGAUCCUCAUUUGCGGGUUUAUAUCCAUUGGACGAAUCGCCGGAAGGAAUGGCUGCUUACGAAUUAGCUUUGAAGCACAGUGAAGAUUUAGUCAUGAAACCUCAACGUGAAGGCGGAGGAAAUAAUAUCUAUGGUAAUGAUAUCUUGCUUCAGCUAAAGAAAUUAUCUCCCACUGAGCGUAAUGCUUAUAUCUUGAUGGAUUUAAUCAAGAGUCCUCCCUUGGAUAAUCUCAUGAUCCGUGAAGGACGUACUAUUACCGGACAAGUUGUGAGUGAGCUUGGUAUUUAUGGUACCUACCUAGCUGACGGGGAUAGAGAGAUUUUAAAUGAAGCAGGUGGACACUUGUUACGUACCAAGGCAACAACUACGCUGGAAGGCGGUGUUGCUGCUGGUUUUGCUGUCAUUGAUAGCCCCUUGCUUGUCUAAAUUAUUUUCUGUGCCACCAACAAACAUGUCAAUCUUUGUGACCCUAAAUAUAAAAAAAGCCCUUUUUUUCACCACACAUAUCUGAACUGCAAUAAAAAAUUAAUCAAUAAGACUGCUUUUAGCAGCGAAAUUAA